AUGUCUGCCUUCUCCGAAAAAACGUUUGAUGCGGAGCUUUAUUCAAAGUUCCGUCCAACGUAUCCUGAAGCUUUUUAUGAUAUGAUUCUAGAGUACCACAAACAAACGGGUGGCGGUGCUAAUUUUCUACUAGAUAUCGGCUGUGGUCCAGGAGAGGCAUCUUUACCCUUAACAGGCAAGUUUAGAAACCUUAUAUUGACAGAUAUGUCCCCAACCAUGAUCUCUAGAGCCAGGAAAAAUUGUAAAGUUACCAUAGAUAAAUUAGUACAACAGAAGGCAAGCAAUCCUGAACUUGAUCAUACUAUCCCGGCAAGUAUUAAGGUCGAGCAAUCUGCCAGCGAAAAUUUGAAGAAGGUUAUUCCCAAAGAUGGUACAAUCGAUUUGGUUAUCGCUGCUGAAUGUGCCCAUUGGUUCGACUGGGAGAAAUGGUUAGAUGAAAUGGCCAGGGUGCUAAAACCAUCGGGAACCUUGGCAUUCUUUUCGUACUGUGAUCCUAUAUUUCUAGACGAACCACAACUUAACAAAAUAUACGAUGAUUUCACAUACACCAACCCUAAGUUCAUUGCCAAAUAUUGGCAGCAACCAGGAAGAAAUCAUCUCAGAAGUCUUAACAGGAAACUUAACGAUGCACUUUCAAGGGAUGACCGAUUCGAGAAUGUUAAGAUUCGCUACUAUGAUCCGACCUCAGACGAUCCAAGCAUGUCAAAUGCCAAAGAUAAGAUGACUAUCCGUAAAACCUACACCUUGGAGCAGUUCUGUAAUUAUGUUGAUACAUGGAGUGCGUCACAUGAAUGGAAUAAUGCUCAUACUGAAGAGGGAACGACGGCUGGACAUGAAAUGUUCAAGCUAAUCACACAAGCAACGAACUGGAAUGAAAAAUCACAACUGACGGUAGACUGGAGGACAGUGUAUGCUUUUUCCAAACGAGCCAAUUAUUGA